GUAUGAUGAGUGUAGAGAACCGGAGACGCUUUUAACUGGAAACAAGGCAUUCCAUCGUAGUUUUCAGGAGUGACAACGCAUCUGUAUGUUUUUUCUUAAUCGAGGAUAAAUGUAGAUCUAUAUCUAUGGGCCCUAGUAUCCACUUACCAUCAGGUGGACUGUGUGCUCGUUUAUCACCCUUAUUCUAUAAAAAAUUGGAUCAGCGCAGUGGACUAAUUGGUUUAUAAAGUUCUCAGAAAUUAGGCGAGUCCCAUGUUCAAUAGCGGGAGUGAGACAUAUUUAGGCUGUAACUUUGCAGUUGUAUGUACAUACGUGGUAACAAAAAGUCACAAUAAAAAAAUAUUAUAACUCUUCUUCCUUUUCUAAAGCCUGUUUAAGUCCACAUGUUUAUUUACGUGAACGUGGGCAUGACUGAGAAACUUUGCAUAAAUAAAAGUAAAGUUCCAUAGUUCAAGUUUUUAUUAUUAAAUCUUUCAUAAACAUAAUAUCAUAUAGUCUUCGAGUGAAGGUUGUGAUGUGUUUAAGGUCAGGUUAAAUAUGACGUGUGGCAAGGUCAAGGAUUUUAUUUUUUAUUACAGUCAUAGCUGUCAAGUUUCAUAUAUAACAACGCAAUGUAAUUAUAGCUAAUUAAAUUUAUGUUAUUAUUUAAUAUCUGCGCCGUAGUUAUUACACUGUUGCAAAAUGCGGAUUCGGAUUAUAAACAUUGCAUGUGUGUGUGUGCCGUGAUGCAAUUAAGCAUUUUGUAAUGUAAAACAGUCUAUCUAAUGUCUUCAAAUCCUCAAACAUAAUACCAUACAUUGCGUCUAAAGGAGGUGGGGGGUGGGAGUAGCAUCUCAGUUUUUUAUUUUUAGUUGUUAUUAACCCAGAUACUGCGACGGGGCUUUUAAAAGACCCGAAAAAAUUAUUAAAAAUACCCUCAAGUUUCGAGUUGUUAAAAUGAAUUCUCUAAGAUAUUUGCACUGUCAGGUUACUUAGUACCUAUCCGUGUAUGAUUUCAUGCGGUGUUGUUUACAACUGGACACUUGUUUAUUUAAAGUUUUUGUGUCAUUGAAGACUUAGGAGUAUUAGUGUCAUGAUGUCUGGACAAAGGUAAGCUUUUAUCAUUUAUAUAUCUGGAUGUUGUUGCUAAUACAUUUUGAUAUUUAAUUUUAGAUAUAUUAUCUACAAUAUCAGGUUAUCUAUUUGUUUUGGUGCAACAAAAACUCAUUCCUUUUUCACGUUUCAAAUUGAUGGCCUUUUAAAAGUCCCGUCGCAAUAUGGGGGUCUAUAAUAUUAUUGUUUUCUUUUUAGCACGUGACCUUUGAGAGCACUCACUCUCAACGAUAUAGUUGAUGAAUUAGAGCGAUGUGAGGAUGAUGAUUUGUUGCCAACUCAAAUUACAAUUUUUCCACCUGAGAACGCUAAUGCCGACGUCACAGAUGAGGAUUCUGGAGAUGAAGAAUUUGUUGCAUUGCAAAAUCUACCAGGCUCUCAACUACGAGCUCCAGCCGAGGUCACUUUUCAUAUGAGUUCCGACGAAGAAGAUGAUGUACCUUUGUCAAGUUUGUCAAAAAGUAGACGCACGAUGGAUUUGACUUUAGAAGAUAGUGACGCCGUACCUUCUUGUACUUCAGAUGUGUCAACUAAUUCUACAUUUGUUCAGCCUACAGUUCCCCGAAACCAAACCUAUAGAUGGAAGAAUCGUCAUAUUCCAAACCAUUUCAAUCAAUGGAAUGACGAACAAGGUCCAAAAAACUUACCACCCUAUCUUAUAAACCUAUCACCCUUAUAUUAUUUCGACUGCUUGUUCAACAACAAUGUUAUUGAAUUACUAGUGCGAUAUACCAAUUUGUAUGCAGGACAGAGGAAUAAAGUAGGCAAAGUAACUGUUUCUGAAAUGAAGUGUUUCUUGGGCAUCCUUAUGUACAGCGGGUAUGUAGUAGUACCCCGUAGGUUUAUGUAUUGGGAGACAUCGACAGAUGCCGACUUUAGGAUUGUGCACAACGCUAUGUCAAGAGAUCGUUUUACUUUUAUAAUGUCAAAUCUCCAUUGCUCUGAUAAUACAGUUCUUGGUGAUUCUCCUGACAAAUUCGCUAAGUUCAGACCUCUGUUUGACGAGUUAAAUAAAAUCUUUACUGAAAUGGCUCCGCUAGAAGAGAACUACAGCAUAGAUGAGGCUAUGGUUCCAUACUAUGGACGUCACAGUUGCAAACAGUUUAUACGUGGCAAACCAAUUCGUUGGGGGUAUAAACUGUGGGUUGGUGCUACAAGAUUAGGCUACGUGAUUUGGUUUGAUCCUUACCAGGGAAAAUCUUCAACCAUUGCAGAAGGUUACAAACAGUUUGGUCUAGGUGGGAGUGUGAUUUUGGAGUUUGCUGAUGUUCUACAAGGUCGUGAUCCAACAUUGCCAUUUCAUUUAUUCUUCGACAAUUAUUUUUCCUCUAUUCCUCUACUGCAUGAACUUAGUAAUAGAGGUCUAAGAGCCACUGGAACUAUUCGUGAAAACAGAACGUCCAAGUGUCCUCUCGAGUCUAACAAAGAUUUCAAAAAUACUGAUAGAGGUUCAUUUGUAUUCAAAUCCAGUUUGCCUACCAAUAUUUUGGUUUGCAAGUGGAAUGACAAUAGUGUCGUUACUGUUGCAUCGAAUACUGAAACUGUGGAGCCCCUGCAAAAAGUCAAGAGAUUUUCGCAAGAACUAAAAAGAUUUGUACAUAUUGACCAACCGUCGGUUAUAAGAAAACACAAUGAAAAUAUGGGAGGGGUCGAUAGAUCCGAUCGAAACAUAGGGUUGUAUCGGACUUCUAUUCGUGGCAAGAAAUGGUAUUUUUAACUGUUUUGUCACACCUUAGAUAUGGCUGUGCAUAAUGCAUGGCAACUUUACAAGCGAGACGGUGGAGAACAUGAUCAUCUCACUUUUCGUAGACUACUGGCGAAAGGUUUGCUCGAAAGCUACAAAACCAUGUCCCACAGGUAGAUCUCAUCUUGAAUCAUCUCGAUAUGAUGGGGUUGAUCACUUGGUCCAGUACAGCGCUCCCCAACUAAGAUGCAAAGUUUGCAAAGUUAAAAGUUUUUUUAUUUGCCAAAAGUGUAAGAUUCAUUUACAUCCUAAGAACUGUUUCCUUGAAUAUCACACUAAAACUCAGUAAAGUUAGUGAACUUUACUGACUUUUAAUGUGAUAUACUUAGUGAAGUGCUGUUGUUUUAUUGUGAGACAUCAUAUCACAUAACUUGCUAUACCUAUGUCUAUUUUCUUUUGUAUAGUUAAAAUUUACCGUAAUAAUAAAAAACUAAUAUACUCGUAAUAACAGUUUGUUUUAUUAUUAGACCGCCACAUACAUGUAAACAAUCCCCAUAUUACGACGGGACUUUUAAAAGCCCACCCUUUUCCGGCUUUUUUGAAAACAUGUAAUUUUUUUUACUAUUUUUCCUCGUUAUUAUGAGUCAUUUUAACUAUCAUAUCCGAAUAUCACCAAGAUCGAAAACAAAAAAUAGUUACAGUAACAUCUGGGUUAAGAAGACGCUGCUGCCCUCCUCCUCGCUAUGUCGCAUUUUACGACAUUCACGCGACGACAUGGGAUAGUGGAUAUUCUUACACCGUCACCACAAGGUAAUUGCAUUAUGUAGCUACAAAUAAUGUAUCUGAACCAUUUUUCGGAAGACUUUUAGCAGUCGGAAACAUCAGACACUUCUAGGCCUGCUCGAACUCUGCUAACGUCGAUCAUAAAAAUUGUACCUAUCCCUUUCUGCUGAUUUUAAAUUUUAAUGAAUAAAGAGGAGACACAUGGUUCAUGGUUCAUGGUAUGGAAAAUGAUCUGAAAGCUUAACCGGUGGAAGUCCCUCGGUUUGAGCGCUAAAUGUACGGGAUAUUUGUCAUAGUGAAAAAGUGGGCCACGAAGCCCCGCUUGUUGCUUAGAGCAGGGAAUACUUCUGGCACGCAUUUGGUAGUAUACUAUUCGACAUUGAUGCUACUUCGAUAUAGUAGAAGAAUUAACACCAAAACACACUGUCAGAGUGAUAAAAGAAACUAGCGAUCAAAAUCUUAUAAUUUCUUUAGUGUUGCUUAGUUUAGAAAUAGACAAACUAUCGGAUGAUGCGUCUGUUCUGGAUCGUAUUGAUAAAUUCCAGAUUCAUCACGUGUUAUAAUGUCGUACGUACGCCGAGACGAGCCUGCUUGAAAUGUAUAAUCAUAUCACGGCACCACUUUACGUGGGGCUGCUUCAGAGCGUCGCGUCGGUGGGGUUAUGCGGCACCUAUUGCGAAACUAUCCUCCUCGCAAGAAGGUGCUUACGUAAAAUCUCGUGAACUCAUCCCAAUACAAUCUACUGUACUGAAUCUUUCAUACGUAAUUCGUCUGUUGUUUUCAAUAAAAUAUUUCACUAACUACUAACAGCUGCUAAAAGACCCCCACUACUUUCGUCGUGUCUUAAAGUUAGUCGACCGUAUUGAAAUUUGUAAUACAAGCGGUAAGCGGUUGCCUUAAAAGGGCCUUAAUCCAUAAAUGUCAUUUAAAGUCUAUCAAGCGAUUUGUCCGGUUUCAUUUGAAAUAGUAAAAUGAUAGCGCGAAAAUGUUCCCAACGCAGAUCCAUUUUCCAAUUAAACACUACUCGUAUAUUUCAUUAUAGUCGCAAAAAAGUGGAGAAGAAUUUGAAGUUGGAACGCUCGUAUAGGUUUUUAUUUGUAAAAUAACGCAUUUUAAAAUUGGCCAGUUUCAUAUCAAAUAGAUUUAUUUCGUAAAGUUGAGUGAUCCGUCGUAUACCUUAUGAAGAAUGCACUAAUGAGGGCAGCCACCAGGGCGGCACCACUACAGUAAAUCAUUUGACAGAUUUAUUAGCGGGAAAGAUAAUUUCUUAGAAAAAUGUAAAGGUUUCAUUCUGUAUUAUUAGUUAUAUUUUAUAUUAAUUAGAUUAAAAAUAAACAAACCAAACUAUAAAUGUAACU